GAGGGAGCUAGAGAGAUUGAAGCGCAGGGCAUCAGUGUGCUGCUGCUGCCUCCCUAAACUGUACUGCUGUCCACCUGUGCAGGAUUAUCUCCAUCCAGGCAGCAGACAGGAGACACUACAACAUCCAUCACUUGCCAGGCGGAUUACUUUAAGGAUGAACCGCCGUUUGGUGGGAAGGAAGACGAGGGACUAAGUUGCCAUUAUCGCUCCGUUUUUGUGUGUGUGUGUGUGUGUGUGUGUGUGUGUGUGUGUGUGUGUGUGUGUGUGCUGCCUGUCAGCUACUGCCACACGUUCAGUUUUUAGGCAUUGCAGUUUUUAGACUACUUUAUUUCGGUGGCGUUUGCUUGUUUCUUGGCCACUCCACCGGCUCACUUCGUUUUUUUCCUCUCUUCCCACAACGCUCUGUGGUUUUUGGUGCUUGUCCACAUAUUUCCGCCUGCAUUGAAAAUUAAAGCUUCCGUUUUCAUUUCCCCUGCUCGCUCGCUGGCUGCCCCGUUGGAGGGGUCCGAUCAGGAUUAAAAAAAAAAAAAAAAAAAAGGCGCAGCGGAGAACGGAGCGCGUCUUCUCAGCCUUUACAUUGGCGUACAUACGGAGAGGCGGACCUAUUGCGCACCGCACCGCUCCUUCACGCACACAUGGGCACGGAUACGCACGCUCACAUGCACGUGCACACACAUGCAUUCACAUCUAGAAACGCAUCUCUUCUCCCUCUGCGUGCAUACCUAGCUUUUGAUUGCAAUUAAACACCAGUUUUCUCCAGAGUGCAAAGCAGAAACGCGUUUACCUUCCACCCAUCCACCCUUGGCAAGUUCAUUUUCAACAUGCACAAGGCGGAUACCCACUAAGGAAACCAUCGCAGAAACAUUCCCAUCUAAAAGAUGAGAGAAAUUGGCCUCAGCGGAUCUUCCGUCGGUCACCGGAAUUGCGAGUGCAGGGUCGGGGCGGAGGGCACCGGGGAGAGAGGACAGGGAGAGGCCGGUGAGGAGGAGCUCUCAGCCGGACUGCCCGCCGCGGAACAGCCGCUGCUGCCUGUGCCGAAGAAGCAGGCUGCUGCUGCCGGGGGGAGGCGGGGGGAGGAUGAACAGUGCCUCAGUGUGAAAUUAUAACACUCAGCUGGCUUUGGGAGUGUUUGUUUUUCUGUCGUUUUACCUCUCACUAAUUAGUCUGAAGAUGCGAGAUAACGAACAGUGGCCUACUUAAUAACUGUCAUCUUGUACUCUUAUCAACGUGGCACUUUUGGGUCACCUUAAAGGUAAAUUCAGCACUUUGGAGAAGUAAAGGCCUGUAGUUGCGAAUUUACCUGUGCAGUACCCAUUGGAAGGACAUCCUCCCACUUACAGGCCACUUGCACCAGUUUAACUUUGUGUACUGGUUACUUUUUUUUCUUGAUAGCUUAAGGUGUUUGUUGUUGAUGAGUUAACCAAGAGAAAUCCUAAUAAUAUUCCUGUAAUCUUUAUAUAGGGACCUAUAGUGUGUCUGUGGUGCUCAGUAGUGAAUUUAUAGUCACCAUAUUGCACUUGAUGGUAUUUUUUAUGUCUUAAUAUUACUAGGCUAUAAUUUUUCUUUAGAAUAUAUAUAAAUAUAUAGUUUUCUGUGAUAUUUGUAUAUCAUUGUACUUUGAAUUUAUUAUAAGACCACUAUAGUUCUUUUUCUAUUAUACCUUAACAAUUCACUUACUCUAAGAUAUAUCCAGAUACCUUGAAGGAGCCCUGUUUCCAGGUGCCUUGGUAGUGGUGGCUAGCGAGUUAUCAUUUAUUCAUAUAUCUAUUUGUCUAUGAAAUAUUUAAAGGUCAUGGAUUGAUUUAAGGCCAACAUUCAUCCAUUUGCAACAUGGCAGUGUUUUGCUGUAGUGGGCUUUCAUAGUGGAAUCAGUUUCACUGGCUUUGCUUUAGUUAGAGUUCUCUUGAUUCCUUUUUUUUUUUCCUAGGCUAAUUUGAGCGCUGACUAUCUGAGCAAUACUUCUCUGUCUGGAACUUGAACACGGCCUUAUAAACCCUCCGGAGGAUGGUCACCUGCUAAUCAGACAGUCAGACAAACACAUGUGUGUCAUGACGUUGGCAGGUGCCGUUUGCAGAUACACCAACACGCUCAGUUAUUUAUAAACGUUAAUAUCACUGUGUGCUUUUGGAGUAUUGAUUCAGAACAAGUGUCGAUGUUCGGUGGAAUGUAACACAAACUACGGAGCUGCUGCAGUUUCUAACAGACACCGAGACUCAGUGGAAUACAGGCUGAAGUCAGUGAAGUCAUCUCCACUCUUAGCAGGCAUCAGCUUACUGUGGGGUCUCAUAGACUGGAAACCCAGAGACAUUGUCUCUAGAAGUCUGGACACAAAGCACAACAAGCCCCACCUGAUCUAGAUCAUCGCGCCCGGCGGAAGAGCAUAGCCACCGGGAAGCAGCCCAGCAUGGAGGUCCCUCCCACUGCCCCCAUUCAACCCUUCCGACAAUCCAGUUUCCUCAGUAGAAGGUUGAAGGGCUCCAUCAAGAGGGCUAAGAGUCAUACCAAACUGGACCGAACCAGCAGUUUCCGCCACAUAAUCUUCCCCCGCUUCUACAGUGCCGACCAAGACAGGACCCGUUUGAUGCAGAGCUUCAAAGAGUCCCACUCCCAUGAGUCUUUGCUGUCUCCCAGCAGCGCUGCAGAGGCGCUGGACCUCACUCUGGACGAGGACGCCAUCAUCAAACCUGUCCACUCGAGCAUCCUGGGACAAGAGUACUGCUUUGAGGUGACUACGGCAUCGGGAACCAAGUGCUUUGCGUGUCGCUCAGCUGCAGAGAGAGACAAAUGGAUCGAGAACCUGCAGAGAGCUGUCAAACCCAACAAGGACAACAGCCGGAGGGUGGACAAUGUGCUCAAACUGUGGAUCAUUGAGGCCCGCGAGCUUCCAGCCAAGAAACGCUACUACUGCGAACUUUGUCUGGACGACAUGCUGUACGCACGCACCACCAGCAAGCCCCGCACCGACACCGUUUUCUGGGGCGAGCACUUUGAAUUCAACAACCUGCCAGCCGUCCGCAACCUACGCCUUCAUCUAUACAAGGAGACAGACAAAAAGAGACGCAAGGAAAAGAGCACAUACUUAGGACUUGUAAGCAUCCCCAUCUCAAGCAUCACUGGACGUCAGUUUGUGGAGCAGUGGUACCCGGUCAUCCAACCCAGCGUCCUCACCAAAGGAGCUGGUGUUGGAGGGGGUAAGAUCAUCAAUGCAUCCCUACGCCUCAAAUCCCGCUUCCAGACCAUGAACAUCCUGCCCAUGGAGCUGUACAAGGAGUUUGCAGAGUAUGUCACCAAUAACUACCGGACUAUGUGUGCUGUGCUGGAGCCCGUGCUGAGUGUCAAGAGCAAAGAGGAAGUGGCCUGUGCAUUGGUGCAUAUACUGCAGAGCACAGGGAAAGCUAAGGAUUUCCUGUCAGACAUGGCGAUGUGUGAGGUAGACAGAUUCAUCGACCGAGAACACCUUAUCUUCAGAGAGAACACUCUGGCCACCAAAGCCAUAGAAGAGUACCUCAAACUGAUUGGACAUAAGUACCUCAAGGAUGCUAUAGGGGACUUCAUAAGGGCCUUGUAUGAUUCAGAGGAAAAUUGCGAAGUGGACCCCAUGAGAACACCACCCUCUGUAGUCCCAGACCACCAAGCCAAUCUCCGAAUGUGCUGUGAACUGGCACUCUGUAAGAUCGUUAACUCCCAUUGUGUUUUCCCUCGAGAGCUAAAGGAAGUUUUUGCCUCCUGGAGAGUGCGCUGUGCUGAGAGAGGUCGGGAAGACAUUGCCGACCGUCUCAUCAGUGGUUCUCUCUUCCUGCGCUUCCUGUGCCCUGCCAUCAUGUCCCCGUCGCUCUUCAAUCUCACCCAGGAGUAUCCCAACGAGCAGACGUCGCGCACGCUCACCCUAAUCGCAAAAGUAGUGCAAAACCUGGCUAACUUCUCCAAGUUUGGCAAUAAAGAGGAGUACAUGUGUUUCAUGAAUGAGUUUUUAGAGAUGGAGUGGGGCUCCAUGCAGCAGUUCCUGUAUGAAAUCUCCAACCUGGACAGUGUCAGCAAUGCAGGCGGCUUUGAGGGAUACAUCGACCUUGGCAGGGAGCUGUCCAUACUGCACAGUCUCCUCUGGGAGGUCAUGGCUCAGCUCAGCAAGGAUGCCAUUAUCAAACUGGGUCCUUUGCCUCGCCUCCUGAAUGACAUCAGUAUGGCCUUGCGUAACCCACACCUCCAGAGGCAGCCCAGCCAUCAGACAGACAGGGUGCAGGAGAGACAGACAGACAAGCUGCUGUCACGGCCGAGCUUCAACAGGGGCAUCUCAUCCGAGUUCCAAAACCUCAUGAUGAGGGAUCUUAAUAGCUCUAUAGAUAUCACUCGCUUGCCUUCCCCUACCUCCACCGGAGGGGUCAUGCCAUCCCGCUCCCAGAUGAGUUUUCAGGACCGUGACCACCCCCAUCGAGCAUCCUCCAAAGAAAUGUUUUACGUAUCACGCCCUCCCCUGGCCCGAUCCAGCCCAGCCUACUUCACAAGCAGCUCGGACAUCACGGAACCAGACCCUAAGGUGCUCAGUGUCAAUAAAAGCGUAUCUAUGAUGGACCUCCAGGAUUCCCGAAUGAACAGCGUGUCUAACCUGCAGUCGGUGGACAUGCUCAACUCCUCCCAGGCCUCCAUCGCCGGCAUGGGCAGCUUCGGAGGGCUGAGCAGCGGAGGCGGUGGCGGCCUGGGGUCGGGCCUGAGCAGCCAGCUGCGGGCCGGUGGGAGGUUGUCAGCUGGCUCUGGCGGCUCCAGCAUGUCCGGCGGCCUUCGGCUGAGCCAGCUGAGCCAGAUGGGCACCACCACCGACUCGCUAUCCCAGCAGCAGCAACAGCAGGCUGCCGCCAUGCGCUGCCCGCUUUCCUUCCAGAAUCCACUCUUUCAUCUGGCGACUGCUGAUGGGCCUCAACAGCAACAGCUCCACCACCAGCACAGCCGGGCUCAACCCCCAGCACCCCUGCUCCUGGCCCCAGACCCUGAGCCCUCUCACCAGGCCUACAUCCGACAGUUCGCCCAAGGGGGGUUCUCUCGCAGUGAGGACCUGUCCACCCUCAGGACCAGGGACGGUCACCUGGGCCAACCCAGCAUCAUCCACUCACACAGCUACAGUGACGACUACACCAGGGCUGAAUAUGGACGCAGACAGAUGUCCAUGCAAGUGCAGGAUAACCUCCAACAGCAACAACAAUUGAUGGGUAUGGCGUCCCAGACAGGGACCUCCCACUCUUCUUUGGCCACCACGCCCCCCUCCACAGUCCAACCCAUGCGCCAGAGUUCUGUUGCCCCACCUCCCACCCAGCGCGUCAAGUCCCAGACCUCCCAUCAGCUGUCGGUCAGUUCAGCUGCUGCACCUGCUGCUCCGGUUAAAACACGACCGCAGAGUGGGAAUCUCCUCCAGUCCCCAGAGUCCGGCUACGGCGGCAGGCAGCACGGGUCUCGGCAGCUGUCCGUCAAAGACAACACUGCCCCGGGCCUGCCCCACCAGCAGAGCUCUGUCAGGGAAAGCCAGAGUCCACAGGGAACCACGAGUCAGAGCACUCAGCAGUCACCACAGCAACAGGCUCAGCAACAGCACCUGCUCAAACCCACCAUGAAUAAACAGGGCUCCCAGUCUCCAUCUACCCUCAAUCCCCCAACCCCAGCCAAUGAGCGAACAGUGGCCUGGGUCUCCAACAUGCCUCAUCUGUCGGCUGACAUUGAAAGUUCACGGAUUGACCGUGAAGAGUUCAAACUGAAGGAGUACUCAAAGAGCAUGGAUGAGUCACGCAUGGACAGGGUACGGGAGUACGAGGAGGAGAUCAACUCCCUGAAGGAGCGCCUGGUGAUGUCCCACAAAAAGCUGGAGGAGUACGAGCGGAGGCUCCUCACGCAGGAGCAGCAGACCAAUAAGAUCCUCCUACAGUACCAGAAUCGACUCGAUGACAGUGAGAGGAGGCUACGGCUACAGCAAGUGGAGAAAGACUCCCAAAUUAAAGGAAUAAUUAGCAGACUCAUGGCUGUGGAGGAUGAGUUAAGGGGAGGACCCGUGAUUGUUGAGCCAAAAACCAGGAUUUUCGCUGAUCAGGGGAGGCGUCAGUCCAUCCUAGUGCAGCCCCGUCUCGCGCCUGUCCCACCCCGAGUAACCAGCCACUCUCAAAGCUUCAUGGAGGACAAUGUGGAACCUAAUUGGCUGAUGCACCAUCGGCAGUCCACAGGGUGGCAUGGCCAAAUGUCCAGAGCCCUCUCUCGUGACGCGAUUGGCUGACAAAGGGAGAACUUGGGGCAUUGGUCCCAUUCUCUUUGCUCAAAGGAUGGUGCAGAGCCCCAGCGGACCAUGUAAGGAAAUGCUGGGUUUUUUUUAACUUAACUUGGGCCCUCUCUCUCUGAUUUGAUAACAGGAUUUUUUUUUGUGUUUGACGCCUCUUGCUUGGAUCUACGUUUUACUUUUAAAAGGUAGGCUGGACACAUAUUGGCGUUUGUUAGCCUGCCGAGCAUGCAAAGAACAGCUAUGCAGUCUGAUCAAUCAGCAGAACGGAGGAACACAAAGGCCAAGGAAGGCAUGAUGCUCAAAAGGAGAGAGAGGGGAGGUGUAUUGUGGGUAAGAUGUAUUUCAAAGGUGCUUGACUUCUCUUAAAAUUUUAGUCAAAGCUGAUUUACUUUCAAAGCAUUUAUUUCCCUCUCUCUCUCUCUCUCUCUUAUAGUCUUUUCAAAUUACCCUUUGAUUAAUCUAUUCACUCUUUAUCUAUCUAGGAAAGCAUUAUUUAACCACUUCAUUUUUACUCCAGUUUAGACACACUUGAUCUCUUUCUCGAUUCAUAGUUUUAGCUCUUCCGUUCCAAUCUCUUUCAGACUUUGAUUUUAAAGGAAACUAAAUAUGCACAGCCUAAUACAACAAGUGAAACUGCUUCAGAACAAAACUCUUGCUUCAAGGAAGACUUUGAAAAACCGGACAGAAUGUUAUUAUUUAUAUUUCUAUGAUACUGCUUAUUCUUACAAUAGUAUAAAAAGAACUCUUCAUCAGAAAUCUUCCGGAGCAGAUAUUUAUUUCUUGAUAUAGAUAGAUGCCUCUAUCUAAUGGAAGUUCAUAAAUAAUCCAUUUUAUAUGAACCCAGUUUUCUUACUAAGACAAUCUUGUGGAGAGAAUCAUUGCCCUAAAGGACUGUGACGAAAGGGACAAACUUGUGUUAUACCUACUCCCCUUACAGCAGUUUGCACGUUGCUGUGACCUGUGCCCUCCCUCCUCUUAGUUAUAAUCAGUCAAAACAAAAAAGGAAAAGUGGACGGAUGUUUCUUGCCCAACAAUCGCCAUGGAGCUCUCCAUUUACGGACGAUGUGAAAGUCUUUGGAUGAGGACAUUCUUACAGAUAUUGUUUUGUACUCCACUUCGACUAUCUGUCUGUAGAGUUUUAACCGAGCAGAGGAUGAACUCUUGGUUUCAGUGUGGCCACAUUUCUGCAUUCAAAUUGCGGUAAAACUCCCCAUUUACUUCUAUGGAUGGACUCCACUGACACCAGUCUGAGUUGAAAUCCCUGCCAUUUCCACUUGUGACUGAAACAGAGAGAGAUAUGUUAGAGGUCCUGCUGAAACGAGUGAAUGUGUUUGUAUAUAAGUGUGUGUACUGGCUAAAUCUUUGUGUAUAUACUGGAUAAAUGUGUAUAUAUAGUAUGUCUAUGUGUAUAUACAGUUUGUUUGUAUAUGCAGAGUGUACAGUUAUUUUUUCCUCUAAUGUUUCUCUCUCUUUCUAUGAAUAGGUCUUCUCAAGUUACCAAUACUGAGGCAUGGAAAGGUUUUUAAAUGUGCUGAGCUAUCAGAGGCACUUUCUGUGCAGACUUAGAAUAUCAGCAAGGUCUGUCACUUAUAGCUGCAUUCUUGAAGCUCUCAUACAAAAAGUAACUCACAUAAUCUUAAGCUUGCACUCAUUUUCUGACCAACUAAAAAGCUUUUCUAAGUAGAUUUGGGUGACCAAGCAAUGUUUGUACAUAUAUAGACUAAGACAAUUUUUCCAGAAACCUCCAUCUGCAUUUCUUUGAAAACUCUCAACCUGUUUUGAGUUCUUGCGUAUCUGACUUUCACUUUAGGUUCCUAUGGUAUAUGUUUGCAACGGUUGUCAUUCAGAGUUAUAUAUUUAUUCCGACAACCCUUAUAUAUUUCUUGAAAUUUUGUUCCCCAAAUUCUGCCUCUCAUGGAGCCUUCUAACCUUUUGUUAAGAUUCGGUUAGACUGGCGAAUCGUUCCAUGAAAGUAUACUGUCAUUACUUAACACUGCUUGUUUUUGUAUAGGUCCUUACUAAAUAAGUGUGCCUCCCCCUUAUACUCUUACUAACCUUAGAUCCAUUAACUCCGCUGGUCACUCAUCUUCAUACCCCUUGACAAGCCAUAGCCCCCCUCCCCAAAACUCCUCUAUUGUUGUUUUGACAGGACAGACAUUUGGGGAUUUUGUGUAUAUUAAUGGAAGAGUGGUGUUGAAGAGUGUAUUGCAGUUGUAUAUGGAUUUGUUAUGAAUGUGGAUAUUCUGAUCAUUGAAUUAUUAUUGUAAUAAUGAUAAUAAUUAUUGCCACUUUUGUUGAUUAAUUCCUUUGAUGCGGUUGAUGAAGAUGCCAUUGUUCCUUUUUUUUUCCUUUGGAAUACACCGGAAUUUAUAUUUUCGGGUGGGUGAAUCUGGAGAUAGAAAUACGUAAAUAAAUUAAUAAAUAAACAAAUAAUUAAAUUCUUAA